UCUUGCCCUUUCAAUUUUACAUUUGCAAGGAAUUGAUUUUGCUGACAUCUUUUGACUACAUUGUGAAUAAACACCCGCCUUUGUCGCGCAUUUACAAUAAAGAAAUGUGGAAGUUGAGAACGUUGAGAACGUUGAGAAGUAGAGAAGCAUGCAUAGUAGAAUAGUAGAAGCUCGUCUGAGUGAUCAGUGAUAGGAAGAUUAGAGAAACAUCCUUCCGGUCUGAAUGAUUUUAGUGGUAAUUGUGGUAAAGUCAUUCGUGAAUAAAUUGGCUGAUAUUUGAAAUUGUCAUAUUAUAAGAUACGAAAUUCGGAGCUUGUAUUCGAGUCUUGUGCACACUUUCGUGUAACUAUGCAUUUUGUAGUAGGUGAUAAAUAAUGGGAAGACUAUUAAGUGUAGAGGAUGGACUUGUUCUGUGUAGGAGCACCAUUAAGAAAAAAUUGUUAUUGCCGGAAAGUGUAUUCCGGGGUCAUGAGAAAGAGAAAAUUCAUCUGUCAGAACUUUUGCGAAGAACUGUUGAGAUGGGAGAGAGUAAUUCUGCCCUUUUAAUAGGGCCUAGAGGGUGUGGAAAAACAACUCUCUUGAAUAGUGUUUUAAGUGAACUAAAGAAUGGAAAGUCAUUCCACAAACAAGCUUUGGUUGUGGAGUUGAAUGGACUGAUGCACACAGAUGAUAGACUCGCCUUGAAAGAUGCCACCAGACAAAUGCAGCUUGAAACUACUGUAGGCAACAAAGUGUUUGGGUCAUUUGCAGAAAAUUUGACAUACCUGCUGCAGUGCCUCAGGUCUGGUAACAAGGACACAUGCAAGUCCAUAAUAUUCAUUCUGGAUGAGUUUGAUCUGUUUUGCACCCACCACAACCAGACACUUCUCUACAACCUGUUUAAUGUGGCUCAGUCUGCUCAGGCUGUCAUUUGUGUAGUGGGUCUGACAUGCCGAUUGGAUGUGAUGGAAUUGCUGGAGAAACGUGUGAAGUCACGCUUCUCGCACCGCCAGAUAUUUCUCUUUCCUGGCAGUGGGCAGAAGGAAGAGAGCAAUUUUGAGACACGCAUGACACUGCUAAAGAGUCUUUUGUUGCUUUCGGAAGAUGAUAUUCCUGUUGCGGGUUCUGUGUUUGUGCACUGCUGGAACAGUCAGGUGGAAAACUUAUGUAUGGAAGAGGCUGUUCAGAAUGUGAUGAGGACAAUAUUGAACCUGGACAACAGUGAGAGGACUUUAAGGUCGUUUCUGGUGGUGGUUGUAUCACGUCUGAGCCAUGCACAUGCUUCACUGACUGCAGAGGAUUUCUUAGAAGUGCACAAGUCGUGGACAAGGGAUGCUAAAGUUGCCAUGAUUGGUGGGUUAUCUGUACUUGAGUUAUGUUUG